AUGUCACCAACAGGACAAAUAGGAAAGACGCCGACGCCACGCGAUAGCGAUAACGACAGCACCGAUCAACGCGAAACAUGGAGCGGCAAGGUGGAUUUUUUAUUGUCGGUUAUUGGAUUCGCCGUCGAUUUAGCAAACGUGUGGAGAUUUCCCUAUUUGUGCUACAAAAAUGGCGGUGGCGCCUUCCUCGUGCCCUACUGUAUAAUGUUGGUAGUGGGUGGCAUACCAUUGUUCUAUAUGGAAUUGGCCUUGGGGCAGCACAAUCGGAAGGGUGCCAUCACAUGUUGGGGACGUCUAGUGCCGCUCUUUAAAGGCAUUGGUUAUGCAGUGGUGCUUAUUGCAUUCUAUGUGGACUUCUAUUACAAUGUGAUUAUUGCGUGGUCCCUGCGUUUCUUCUUUGCCUCAUUUACCAAUGUGCUGCCAUGGACAUCCUGCGACAAUGCAUGGAACACGCCCAACUGCAGGCCGUUCGAAGGUCAGAAUAGUUCGCGCGGCCUUGUAGGUAACCUCAGCGACUUCUAUGCCUUCAGCAAUCAGAGUUUGUUCUAUGCCAAUGAGUCCUAUACGAACACCACAUUUGCAAGCAUGGCGCCAAUUGCUCCUGCAGAGCGUUUUCAAUCUGCGGCCUCAGAGUAUUUCAACCGUUAUAUACUGGAACUAAAUCAGAGCGAGGGCAUCCACGACUUGGGCGCCAUCAAGUGGGACAUGGCGCUGUGCCUGCUCAUGGUAUAUCUUAUAUGCUACUUCUCCCUCUGGAAGGGCAUUAGCACGUCCGGUAAGGUUGUGUGGUUCACAGCACUUUUUCCCUACGUAGUGCUACUCAUCCUACUCAUCCGAGGCAUAACACUGCCCGGCUCGGCUAUGGGAAUUCAGUACUACUUAAAUCCGAAUUUCGAUGCGAUCUACAAGGCAGAGGUUUGGGUUGAUGCCGCCACACAGGUAUUUUUCUCAUUAGGCCCCGGCUUUGGAGUACUUCUGGCUUAUGCAUCGUACAAUAAAUACCACAACAAUGUGUACAAAGAUGCGCUGCUCACGAGCUUUAUUAACUCGGCUACCAGUUUUAUUGCCGGAUUUGUUAUUUUCGCUGUUCUGGGCUAUAUGGCGCACACUUCGGGUCAGAAUAUUGAGGAUGUCGCCACCGAGGGACCUGGUCUGGUCUUUGUCGUCUAUCCCGCAGCCAUUGCUACCAUGCCAGGAAGUACUUUCUGGGCUCUAAUAUUUUUCAUGAUGUUGCUGACAUUGGGGCUAGAUAGUUCGUUUGGCGGUUCGGAGGCCAUUAUUACAGCCUUGAGCGAUGAGUUCCCCAAAAUACGAAAAAAUCGCGAACUCUUCGUGGCGUGCCUUUUCUCGCUGUAUUUUGUGGUGGGUCUGGCCAGUUGUACACAGGGCGGUUUCUACUUCUUCCAUUUGCUGGAUCGCUACGCCGCCGGUUACUCCAUACUGGUGGCCGUGUUCUUCGAGGCCAUUGCUGUUUCCUGGAUCUACGGCACGGAUCGCUUUAGCGAGGAUAUUCGCGACAUGAUUGGUUUUCCGCCGGGCAGGUAUUGGCAGGUAUGCUGGCGCUUUGUGGCGCCCAUCUUCCUGUUGUUCAUCACGGUAUAUGGUCUAAUUGGCUAUGAGCCCCUAACUUAUGGGGACUAUGUGUACCCAAGCUGGGCAAAUGCUCUGGGCUGGUGCAUAGCCGGCUCUUCGGUCGUCAUGAUACCGGCCGUUGCCAUUUAUAAGCUAAUCACAACGCCGGGCAACCUCAAACAGCGGCUGCGCACCCUAACCACACCCUGGCGUGAUCAACAAGUGGCUGUUAAUGGCGUCACCACCGAGAUAACUCUGGUGCGUCUGACGGAUGCGAAGGAGGGCGAGGAUGUCUGAGUUCGGCCGAUAGCUCGUUUUCAAAUUUAUUACGUAUAGAUUUGAAAAUUUACCAACAACUUGGUUCGCGUAUUGUGAACUUCCCCGUUCUUAUAUUUUAGUUUAUCUUAUAUAGGUAGCUCUUAGGCAUUGUGUCUGGGACCCGAAUGCAAACUUCAUAUACAACGUACUUAGGUUUCGGCACCACAAAAUGUUGCAGCCCAAAAACCAUAAGCCAUUAAGUUAGGACUAGUCUUUAGUUUCAUAUACAUAUACAUGCGUAUCUAUUAGAGCAAUAUGUAAUUGCGUCGCCAAUAUACACGUAUAUCUAAAUGCAAUUAGUCAAAAUGCUGUGUAGAUAAUACAAAUAAUUACCAAUAAUACAAACCGUAAAG